AUGUUUGCUGGCAAGAAGCACUUCAGCGGGGCGGCUGCGGGGGCGCUGGUGGCACUCUGCAUCGUCGCCCUUGUGCUCAGCCUGGUGAGGGUUGAAGAUGUCACCCUGCCACCCGCCGUCAAGCACGGGCUGGUGCUGGAUGCAGGCUCGUCCCACACCUCGCUCUUCGUCUACCAGUGGGACGCAGACAAGGAGAACGACACCGGCGUGGUCAGCCAGGCCCUGGCCUGCCAUGCCCAGGGGCAGGGCAUUUCGAGCUAUGCCAACGACCCUCUGAAAGCAGGAGAGUCCCUGAGGGAGUGCCUGGAGCGAGGCCUGGAGGCUGUUCCUGCUGCAGAGCAGAGGGAGGUCCCUGCUUACCUCGGGGCAACGGCGGGCAUGAGGCUGCUGAGGGAACAGAACAGCUCAGCAGCUGAUCAGGUCCUGGCUGAAGUCACCAAAACCAUGCAAGAGUACCCAGUGGCUUUCAGAGGGGCUCGGAUCCUCACAGGAGAGGAGGAGGGGGCUUAUGGCUGGAUCACCACCAACUACCUGCUGGACUCCUUCACCAAGUACUCCCCCGGGGCACACGCCUGGCUCCGUCCAGAGGCUGCCAACGUUUUGGGGGCAUUGGAUCUUGGAGGAGCAUCCACUCAGAUCAGCUUCGUGCCCGAGGGCAGAGUGAUGAACCGGGAUGAAGCCGCCAGGUUCACCCUGUAUGGGUUUAACUACAGCAUCUACACUCACAGCUACCUCUGCUACGGGCAGGAAGAGAUGCUGAGGAGAUUGGCAAAGCAACUGAUCGCGGAGUCCCCCUCCAGCACACGAGUGGAUCACCCCUGCUACCCGACAGCCUACACCGAAACCAUCUCGCUGUCUGCCUUCCGCCGCAGCCCCUGCACCAACCGCGGCGACCCGCGCCUGGCGCUGGACGACAGGAAGGUGACCCUGGAGGGCAGGGGCAAUGCCAGCGCCUGCCAGGCUGCCCUCAGGAAGCUCUUCAACUUCUCGGCCUGCGGCCAGAGCCAGGACUGCUCCUUCGACGGCGUCUACCAGCCCCCGGUCCGAGGCCACUUCAUCGCCUUCUCUGCCUUUUACUACAACUUCAAGUUUCUCAACCUGACCAAGGGGCAGUCGCUGGGCACUGCCAGGGAGACCAUCCAGCACUUCUGCACCAGGAGCUGGCAAGAUCUGUCCUCCAGCUACCCUGCGGAGAAUCCUGGGCGGCUGCCCAAGUACUGUGCCAACGCCAACUACAUCCUCACCCUGCUCCUGGAUGCCUACAAGUUCAAUGAGAGCAGCUGGAAGGACAUCUCCUUCCAGAUGAAGGCAGGGAGUGCUGACGUCGGGUGGACUCUGGGCUACAUGCUGAACCUCACCAACAUGAUCCCAGCAGAGGCCCCACUGUGGGCCAAGGGGCACCUUCCCUCCCUGUGGGCAGCAGCCGUCGCCUUCAUCGUCCUCACCCUCGCCUUGGGGCUUGCUGCCCUGCUCCUGUCCUGGCUGUAG